GAUAGUGUACGUAUCGUGUGAUGACCCUCGCGCGUAUACUAGUACAUGGUACUACAGUAGUACACUAUCGACUCACUGUCAGCUGAAGACGAGAACGAGAACGAGAUGAAUUCAGCAGAGUAAGUACGCAGCUUACCUCGCCGUCUCAAGGCGUGCUUCACGUGUCUGAAUGGUUGCCAGGUCAUCGUUCUUUGAAUCUCGUUUCUCGUUUCUUCGUUCGUUCGGAGGAAAUUCGCACAGUGUUUGACUUGUAACUUAAAACAUUGUAAGCCCUUGCAUACCUCCUCGUACACGUACACGUCUAACCGCCGACUCUGUUGCCGAGACAGCCUGCCGCAAGAUGCAAUCCGUGCUUAACGAGGACGUAUGGGCCACGAUCCUAAACUUCACUCAACUCGACGAUGCGCGCAGUCUCUCCCUCGUCUCGCGCGGUAUCCAUUCCGUAGCUCGACGUAUCGUCUUCGGUUGCGCAAACUUGUUUACACAAACCGAAUUCGUCAAUGCCUGCACGUUCAUGCUACUAGUAGAUGACCCGGGCCAUCGCGCCUGCUGGCUGCGCGAACUCCGCAUAGGCUACGGCGUCUUGGAAAGUCUGUGGUGCCAUCAAGUCGCGCGUGCGACGCGGGGAGCCAAGGCUCGCACUCGAGCCCGAGCGAAAAGUGGUGCGAGAAGUGUCGGUGCUUACCACGCUCGGCGUCGGCUGCUCCCUUCCCUUCUCCCCCGUGUUCCUUUCGCUCUCCACUCUCUCGCGCUCCUUGUCCGCUGUGUCGCUGGUGGCCAAGUCGCGAGCGCAGUGCGUGGGUGGGUGUGCAACAUAAGUGAGAUAUCGACGACUGGACGAGCAAAGAAGCAAACGAGAAGGCAAUGAAGAGGGUAUGCGAAAGGGUGAGCGAGAGGGCAAGCGAGGCGGAUGGCUACAGCGCGUGAGCCAGGGAGCAUGGUGCCCAGGCAAGGCGCGUCGCCGCACUCGC